AUGGCUGCCCUCAGAGAAGCUCUCGAGAAGCUCACCAGCCUCAGCACCCCACCAACUAUUGACACCACUCCAUCUCACUCCGCAACCUACGCUGCCUGGAGCCUAGACCUCUCCAUCAACGACUUCUGCCCCGAGUGCCGUGUCUCUAACCUCGUCACUAAGUACACCGAGGGUGACGUCGUCUGCGGUGAGUGCGGCCUCGUCUUGGGCGACCGCAUCGUCGACACCCGCUCCGAAUGGCGCACGUUCUCUAACGAUGACACCGGCAGUGCGGACCCCAGCCGUGUCGGCGCCGGUAUCGAUCCUCUCCUCCACGGUGAGCAGCUCUUCACAACCAUCGCCUACAAAAAUCCCACCAAGGCCACCACGUCCACCAAGACCACCGCCGCCGCCAGCGGUGAGUCGAAUGGGCGGAUGCUGCAGCGCACCCAGGCCCGUGUCACGGAGAGUAAGGCCAACCAGUCCCUACUCGUGGCCUAUGAGCGCAUCGCUUCGUUCUGUGCGGGCAUGAACAUUCAGAAUGUCGUCGUCGAAGCGGCAAAGACGCUGUUCAAGCAGAUCGACGACGCAAAGCUGUUCCGUGGAAAGCAAGUGGACAUCGUGGCGUCCGGGUGUAUCUUUUUGGCGUGCAGGCAGUGUGGUGUGCCGAGGACGUUCCGCGAGGUGUUUUCGAUGACGAGGGUGCAGAAGAAGGAAAUCGGGAGGAUUUAUAAGUUGUUAGAGAAAUUCUUCAAUAAUCAAGGGAUGGGGGCAGAGAAUGGGGAUGGAGAGUAUAGGGUUCCGGAAACGACGAAGCCGUCUGAGCUCAUCCGCAGAUAUUGCAGUGCGUUGAGAAUCGAUCAGAGGUGCGCCUCGGUCUCCGUGUCACUGGCAGCGAAGGCUAUGGAGCUUGGGUCAGGGGCUGGGAGGUCGCCGCUUAGUAACGCCGCGGCGUGUAUCUAUAUGAUCAGCCAUCUGUUGGGGACGCCGAGAACCACAAAAGAGAUAUCGAAUGCUGCUGGCGUGGGUGAGCCGACGAUCAGGAAUACGUACAAGGGCUUGUACAAUGAUCGUGAGAAGCUCAUUGAUCCGAAGUGGCUAGAAGAUGGGAGGGGUGAUGUUAAGAGGUUGCCUCAUGCCUAA